GAAGAAUGCUUUUAUUUUGAAGUGAAACCGGAUGUACCCGUUAGCAGCAGCUCUUUGAGAUUUUCCUCUGCCGCUUCACUCCCAUUCACUGCCUCAGUCGAGCAGAAGUGGAACGUUUAACACGCCAUGGCAGAGCAGGACCUCACACCAGAGCAGCUGGCAGCCAUCGCAGCAGCCAAUGAAGAGGGCGAGUCUGGCGUCAACUACAAACCUCCCGCCCAGAAGAGCUUACAGGAGAUCCAGGAGCUGGACAAGGAUGACGAGAGCCUGAGGAAGUACAAGGAGGCGCUGCUGGGAUCGGCCGCAGUGGUGGCAGAUCCUAAUGCUCCAAACGUUCAGGUGACACGGAUGACCCUGGUGUGUGACACGGCACCUGCUCCUCUGGUUCUCGACCUGACAGGAGAUCUGGAGAACUUCAAGAAGCACCCGUUCACACUGAAAGAGGGAGUUGAAUACAGAAUAAAGAUCAACUUUAAGGUGAACAAGGAGAUUGUCUCAGGACUGAAGUACAAUCAGCAGUUAUUCAGGAAAUCCGUCAGAGUCGAUAAGUCGGACUACAUGGUUGGAAGCUACGGCCCCAGACCGAACGAGGAGUACGAGUUCCUCACCACCCUGGAGGAAGCCCCCAAAGGGAUGCUGGCCCGUGGCACCUACUCCAUCAAGUCCAAGUUCACCGAUGACGACAAGUACGACCACCUCUCCUGGGAAUGGGGCCUCGUUAUCAAGAAGGACUGGAAAGACUGAUCCCCUUCCUCCUCGCUCUCUCCCGCCAUCACCCUCCUGCUUUAUCCAGCUUUCCUCUUCCUGCAGUCAUUCCAUGAUUUCUCUCUGGAUUAUCUUUUUUUUUUUUAAGGCUUUCUGCUCUCUCCGUCCUUUUUCUACAUCCCAAUCACACCAUCAUUCCUCUCUAUUGUAGAACUCUUGUUUACACUCGCCUUUUCUGACUAGUAUUAAAUCCUCAAAAAGCAAAACUAUAUGGAGAAAGCACACGAUGUGCCCAGCCAUGAUUCAGGUUUGUUUCUAGGAGCAGAUCUGACUCUGAUUACCUCCGAGCUGCGCCCCUUUCCUUCACUUCUCUUGCCGUUUUGUACGAAUACCACAAUCUGCCUUUGCGAGCAUCAGGAAGCAGUGAUGCGGUUGCUGUAUGGUUAUUGAGCUAUCGUAGCUGGACUGGGCCCAGCUAAAGCCUGAGAGCAGAUUAUUUGGGCCAUGUUUAACCAUUUAGUCCUGGACCAGAGAUCAGAGGUGACCUCUAACCUCUUCCUGUGAGCAGCCAUGUGGCCUUAGCAGCAGCUAGAAUACAGGGAGAAAGUCUCGAUGAGCCAUUUGCUUUCAGAUUCGAAUGUCUGAGCUUGUUUUCAUAAAAUAAUGGACACAGAAUGAGGACCAAGGAUUGAGAUUAUCUUUAUUUCAGGUCUGUAGAAACCAUUAGACAUCUGGUGGCAUGUAUUUGCAGUGGUUUGAGUCUGGUGUGUCACCACAGCUCAUGAUGUAUUAACUGUGCCUUUAUGCUCUCCCUCUUCAUCACUGAAGGAAGCACCAACCUCAGCCCUGAACUCCAGGUUUUAUUAAACACUCCAGAAAUAAAUGAAUGGGUGCUGUCCAUUUGACUUCCUUCACAGUGAGCUGAGUUUAAAUCAAUGUCUGUGUUACCAGCUGUUUACUGAUGUGUUCAAAUAAAAAUGUUCCGCCUGGA